AUGGAACCCGCGAUUACACUUGAAGACAAUACAUCGGAAAUUACGAGCACCGUAAAUCCUUCCAAAAGGCGACGACGCAUUAGGGAGAGCAAGUGGGAUGUGCCUGAUGAGACGCCUGAACCCAUAGAUGAUUUAGCUGAUAAGCCUGCUAGUGAAGGAAGCAAGAAAAGACUACGUAGACUCUACUUCGGUAAUCUACCGUCAGGAACGAAGUACAACGAAUUGGUGGAUUUCAUCGCUGCAGCAAUACGUUUACCCAGUUGGUCUUCGGAGACCAAUGCCGGGACGCCGCCGAUAUCUAAAACGGAGAUUUUUAAUGAGGAUCAAGGAUAUUGUUUUCUCGAAUUUGUCACUCCCGAACUGGCGGAUAAGUGUUUUAAGCUAGACGGCAUUAAUUACAAGGGUCGCGUGCUCAAAAUAAGGCGUCCCAUCGACUACGGUACAACAUCAAGUUCCGAUGACACCAAAGUUUUCGUGCAAAACAUUCCCCCGUCAAUGAGCGAGACCGACAUCAAAACCCUAUUGGAGAAACAUGGCAAAUUGCGCACUGCGAAUGUGGUAAAAGAUUUGUCAACAGGGCAGAAUAAAGGGUACGGGUUUUUCGAGUUCGAUGACUCAAGGGCUGCCAAGAUGGCCGUUUGUCAUUUGAACGGUUUCGUAGUAGACAAAACUGUUUUAAGCGUAAAGCAUGCUGCUUUCAGCUAUUUUGCAUCAGGUGGCAAAUUGACAGAUUGCAAGGCCACCAACUUGCCAAAUUCUGUCACGCAGACCAUCUUGAGCGAUCCACUACUCGGCCUGCAGAUGCAAUCUGGACGGCGAGUUGGGGCGCAGCCGUCUAGGGUGGUGCAGUUACUUAAUAUUGUGUUCCACGAGGAUCUUAUACAAGACAAAAGGUACCAUGAAUUGAAACAUGCUAUAAUGGAAGAGGCCAAGAAGUACGGUCAUUUGGAAGAUAUCGUGAUUCCGCGACCAAAAGAAGAUCUUUCGUAUAGAGAAGGUGUUGGGAAAGUGUUUCUUAAGUUCAGAGAUGACGUAUCAAGCCGAAGAGCACAAUAUAUGCUGAACGGCCGGGUCUUCGACAAGAAACGAAUAGUGUGUGCAGCAUUUUUCCCUCUACAACGUUUUAUGCAAGGCAAAUACACACUAUUUUAA